AUGCAAUCUAACAACGAGGGGUUCUUUUUUUUGAUUGAUUGGGAUGGCGAUGGGAGAUUGAAGAAUGUUUUCUGGGUCGAUCCACAUAGCAGGGCAGCAUACAAAGAAUUUGGUGAUGUUGUGACGUUUGAUACAACAUACCUCAUCAACAAGUUUGACAUGUCAUUUGCUCCAUUUGUUGGUGUUAACCACCGUGGUCAUUCUAUACUUCUCGGUUGUGGUCUCAUAUCUUCGAAAGAUACAAAAACAUUUGUUUGGUUAUUCAAGACAUGGCUAGCUUGUAUGGGAGGUGUUGCUCCUCAAGGUAUAAUAAAUGACAAAGAUAGGACAAUGAAAAAUGCUAUAAGAGUUGUAUUCCCAGAUACCAAGCAUAGAUUGUGCCUAAGACAUAUAAUGAAGAAAAUGUCGGAAAAGUUGCGUUCUCACGUAGAGUAUGAUGGCAUAAGACGGUUGUUGUUGGAAGAUAAUGUUUGGUUGUCUUCUUUGUACACCGAGAGGGAGUUGUGGAAGACGAUAUUGAAACAAUUUGUGGAGCAAUACAGUAAAGCUUUUAGGAAAAAUAUUGAGAAGGAAAGUCAAGCUGAUUUUAAUUCCUUCCACAAGCAACUAUCUUGUGCUACAUUCUACUAUAUGGAGAAGCAUAUUCAAAAACUGUACACUGCACGAAAGUUUUUGCAGUUUCAAAAAGAAUUGACUGGAAUGAUGUAUUGUGGAUUUAAAUCAAUUGACAGAAGGGAAUACUUGACUCAUUACGUAUUAUAUGGUGAUGUUGUCUUUGGUGAAGGUGGUAAGAAGAAUGUUAUGUUUGAUAUGAUGUAUGAUGAUAAAUACGUGCUUACGCGGUGGAGGAAAUAUGUAAGGAGAUGUAAUUCACAUGUGAAGAUUAAUUAUGAUGGUUGGACAUUAUCCAAUGAACAACGCCGUUACGAUGACAUGUGUAGAUCUUUCUCUCGGUUGGCUAAUGUGGUUUUUGACAAUGAAGGAUCCUCUAAUUCAAAUGAUUCAAUUGUCAGAAGAGGGAAAGGACGUCCACGUAGUGUAAUGAAGCGGAGGAUAUUCAAAAAGAGGAGCAUGGGGAGUAGCAGUGGCGCUGCUGGAUCGUUAAGAACAAAUGAUAUUUCAGAGUUUUGA